AUGGUGGCUUCAGUUGAGGAGGUUUCUUCGUCUCUGGUGCGGGAAUACCUGAGCCGAAAGGGGCUCAAGAGGACUAUCGCCUGUAUGGACGAGGAGCAUCCACGCACAGAGGCCAGCAUCAACAACAGAUCGCAGCUGAGACAGAUACUCAACAUAGAGGACCUCUACACGAGGAAUAAGGUUCAGAGUUCCCCCCUGAGGACGUUGCUGGAGAUGAUCGUAAAGCAUCACAUCGAGCGACUUAAGAAGGACAAGACCACCAGCAGUGAAAAUGAUUCUUCCCAACCUAUCAGCUCGAUCGCUGAUCCUCCUGCAGGAACAAAAUCAGUGAUGAAUGACGUGAAAACAGAGGAAAUCGCACCAGCUUUUGUUAUUAGCAAACAGAGCAAAUUAAGGUCUGAUAUAAAAGGAACAAGCCCUUCUCAGCACACAGCUAAGUCAAUGUCCAGCCAUAAUCCAACAGCUUUCUUAGUUUAUGACCGAGAAGACCAAAAAGGCCAGAAACCGAUGACUUCUCUUCAGGACAACGAGAGCUUCAUCCAAAGAGGACCUGAAAAAACCCCGUCCAUCGCCGAGGCCGUCCAGAAGAGCAGAACUAAUCGCAUUAGACGAGGAAUGAUGGCCGGACCGAUAACUCAGGAAUCAAACAGAAAACGGCAGAGUCGAAGGGCUGAAGCGUCCCAGCCGCUGCUCAGAAGAGACGAGGAAAACAGGCGGUCCAAGAAUGGACUUUUAGUGGCUGGCUUACAUCAGACAAGCUUAGACAGCAGCCUGAGUGAAAUCCGCUCAGCUGACUGUGGAGACGAAAAAGCGGAGCUGCUAAACGCACCGCAGAGAAUGUGGAGUGGAAACAGCUUCGAAAAAGUGGGACAAAACAUUGAGAAGACAAGACAGGUGAAAACGUGGCCAAACAUGGCUGACUUAGACGUGUCUGAGAUGGUGCUGGAUGACAUCGAUGAUGACGAUGACGAAUUCCGACAACUCUCCAAAGUGUCUGUCCAAAGAGCCGCCGCCGAGCACAGCCAUGCAGGCCGACCGAUGGACGAACGCGUCGCCGCGGAACUGAAAGCGGUUCUUCUCGGUUCCAGCCUGAGUUAUUUCAACGCCGAGUGGAGGAGCCAGGGUUUCACAUUCUCCGAAACGCAUGACCUCAGAUAUGGAAUCGUGCAGAAAAAGGGUGGUCCCUGCGGAGUCCUGGCGUCCGUCCAAGCCUUUGUUCUGAAGAAACUGCUGUUCGAAAACCCAGAAAGCGGCAACGCAGGCCUUCAGAGGUUAAGACCUUCCAACGCGACCAGGAGGAAGUGUCUGGUUUUAGCCGCGGCCGAAGUCUUGUGGAGGGCCGGCGAGGAGAAACGAGCCACGGUGGCGAUAAAUUCAGGAAGAAACCAUUUCACCCCAACUGGACGCUACAAAUCUGACGGAGUGCUUGAAAAGAUCACAUGCUUCACUGUGGACAACAUCAAGGAUCUGCAUUUACUUCUGGAGCAGCAUAUUGAGCAGUUUGAAACUGGGAUGUUGGGAUGCCUGCUGCUGACCGUAUCUGCUGUUCUGUCUCGAUCCAUUGAAAAAGUAAGAGAGGACAUGGACGUGCCGACCACCACCCUUAUCGGAGCCCACGGUUACUGCACUCAGGAGUUGGUCAACUUGUUGCUGUGCGGCAGAGCGGUCUCUAACGUCUUCGACAACGACAUGGAGCUGGACUCGGGCGACGGCAACGCGACGCUGCUGAAAGGAAUCAAAGGCAGCUGCGACGUGGGCCUGCUGUCCCUAUUUGAGCAUUACAACAUCUGUAAGGUAGGAGCUCACCUGAAGACCCCCUGUUUCCCCAUCUGGGUGGUCUGCAGCGAGAGCCACUUCAGCGUGCUGUUCGGCCUGCAGAGGGAGCUGUUGACCAAUGAGGACAGAGCUCCGGACUUCGACCUCUACUAUUAUGACGGGCUGGCCAAUCAGCAGGAGGAGAUCCGCCUCACCGUUUCUCUUGGAAAGUCGAGCCCGAGCUGUCAGGAUGAUCUCAUUCCCCCGCUGGAGCUCUGCAUCCGAACACGAUGGAAGCGUGCGCUUGUCAACUGGAACGACACUGAGCCGAUUCUCUGACGGAUCCUGGGGUUUGGUGUUGUUUUAAUUAUGGACAUCAGCCAGCAACAAGCGUUGUGCGUCACCAGUGCAGAGGAUUUAUUAACACAUUGACCUGAUAUCAUGUCACGCAGUUAGACAAGACAGUAGGAUCUCUGCCUGCACAAAGUGUUGGGAAAUUAAAAAAACAUACAUAUAUGCACACUUAAAAGUCACAUAAAUGUGUCCAAACCCAUUGAGACAAUAAGGAGUCAGUGUGUCACAAUGGUUCUGGGCAGAUUUUACAGCUGAAUAACUUUUGGUCCACAUUGGAGAAUGAAACGUCACAUCAGGGUCAUUCUACCAUAAUUUCCGGACUAUUAAGGCACCUGAAUAUAAGCCGCAGCCACUAACUCUAAAAAGAAAACAAGUUUAGUACAUAUACAGGCCACAUUUGUUUACAAGCUGCAGGUGUCCACGUUGAGAUAUUUACACAGAAAGAUUCUUUAACUUUUAAUUAAAU